AUGACAAGCGUUUCUGUCGAAAAAUUGUUAGAUGCUCUUGUUGUGACUUCUGGCGUCACCGACGUUGGCAAAAACUGGAAUAAUCUAUCGGAAGACCUCAAAUUGCGGUGCAUCGGAGAUAUGGCCUUCAAGACAAAGUUGUUCUUUUUGUUUUACAUUCUCUAACUUUCUGCUCGAUUUAGAAUUCGUUUUGGAAGCACAAGUCGUACCGAACGAGCCCUAGUUGCUGAAACGCGUCAUUCUGUCAACAUUCUCACAAUUUCGAUUAAUCCAAAAGUGGGAAUCAUCACUGCGAGCGCGUCUGUUGACGGUAAACUAGUAUCUGCCCGCUCGCCAGCUCGUCAGAGAUGAAUUACGUAGUCUAUCCGGGCACUGAUAAAUUUUCAGCGACGUUCUCUCGUUUGUCGCCCAAAUUCUGAAGCACGGAACAAUUGGCCGUGUCAUUUUACUGCAUCAGAGUGAAAAAAGUCGCAUCUGGAGGCAUUCGAAAGGCUCAAGGAUUGUGCUCCGUUCCGAGUCUCUGAAAUUUCAUGUAACGGUGGUUACGAUUCUUUCGCCCGUUUCUUUAUUGAAAACAGCGAAGAUCGCAUCAAGAAAAUCGAGCUUAACGGCGCUCUCAACGACGGGAAAGCAUGCUAGAAGUUUCACAACAUUCCACAGUUCCGUGAAAAUUGCUAAAAACUACUUUGGCGUCGACUAUUCUCCGUUCGUGGGUAUCACGCAGGUAAGAAAACGGUCAACUUACUAUUAGCCUGUAAAGUCUUUAAUUAUAUCCAGGAUUGGAUUGCGAAUGGCGCGAAGAUCAGAUUGAGGAGGGAAUACACGUAUCCGCUGUGCACAGACACUUCCGCCGAUCAAUUUGCUGAAAUCUACUCGCAUUCUGUACAACUUUCAACUAAUUUUGAAGCGAAUUAAUGCUCUUUUUCAGAAUCCGGGAUGCGUUCGAUACUACCAGAAGCUUUAUUGUCGUUCCGAACAACCGGGAGACCCUCUUUGUCGUCGUGCUUGUCGAUAA